AUGUUCCUUCUGAUGACCGUCUUUUUGCUCCUGAACAUACCUUCUUCUUUAGUCAAGGAAGAAAAGUUCCCCUGUUUUGAGCAAAUCAACCCUCGAGUCCACAGAGAUGGAGACCUGGUCAUUGGUGGAUUUUUCCCUUUGUACUUAAUGGCAGUGAAGAGUUUCACAGGAGCUGAGCAUCCACAUAAGGCCUGUAAUGCACACCAGUGGCUACACAAAAAUUACCAGCAGGUCCUUGCCCUGAUGUUUGCUGUGGAGGAGAUCAACAGAAACCCCUGGCUGCUCCCUAAUACUUCUCUGGGUUUUCAUGUCUACAACACCUACCAUAGUGAUGUCAGGACCUUGGAGAGCUCUCUGAGGUGGCUUUCAGGACAGGGCACCAGCACCCCAAAUUAUAGUUGCAAGAGACAGGACAAGUCCAUGGCUGUUAUUGGAGGAGCCACAUCUUCUAUUUCUGUCCAGAUGGGGACCCUUCUGGAGCUCUACAGAAUACCACAGAUUUCCUAUGGUCCAUUUGAUCCUUCUCUAAGUGACAAGAUCCAAUUUCCUUCCCUCUACCAGAUGGCCCCUCAGGACUCAUCCCUGCACCUGGGAAUUGUCCAGCUGCUGCUACAUUUUGGGUGGACUUGGGUGGGGCUGGUUGUCACAGAUGACAUGAGAGGUGAGAAGUUCUUCUGGGACAUGGGAGAAGAAAUGAGAAGGAACAAAGCCUGUGUGGCAUUUACAGAGAAGAUCCCCAUCAGUGAAAGAUGUCAUACUGAAUCCCAGGUGUAUUUCAUGCCCAGAAUUAGUGAAUCAUCAGUCAUGGUGAUCAUUAUCCAUGGUGAUACAGACUCACUGAUGAUUCUGAGGUAUUCUCAGCCACCUAUAUAUGGAAUUUGGAAGGUCUGGAUUAUCACAUCACACUGGGAUGUAACCAUGAGACCAUAUGGUCUUGAUGGUUAUGCUUUUCAUGGAUCACUCAUAUUUUCACAACAGACAAGUGAAAUUCCUGGUUUCAAAGACUUUCUCAGGACAGUCACCCCAACCAAAUAUCCAGGAGACAUUUUCCUUAAGAGUUUUUGGGUCUCAGCAUUUGAAUGUCCAGAUGAGCCAAACAAACUGGAGAAAGAAGACUGUUCACUGAAUGCUUCCUUGGAGAUGCUGCCUUUGCACUAUUUUGAUAUGACCAUGUCUAGCCUCAGUUACUUCCUCUACAAUGCUGUGUAUGCUGUGGUCUGGGCUCUCCAUGGAAUGCUCCAUGCCAGAUCAGAAAUGGGAUCUUUGAGAGAUGAAGGGGACCUGGUGCCUCAGCCCUGGCAGCUUCACUCAUCUCUGCAGAAUAUUUCCUUUAACAACACUGCUGGGGACCAAGUGGUUUUGAAUGAGGAAAAGAAUCCCGUGGCUAAAUAUGAUAUCAUGAAUUUUGGAGUGCUGUCUAAUGGUGAUGAAGUUCUCAUGAAAGUGGGCCAGUUUGUCCCACAGUCUCUACUUGGUCAAGAUUUCACCAUUCAUGAGAAGGAGCUGUAUCAACAAAGAGUUGAUCUGAAGACCCUCCAGGCUGUGUGCUCUGAGAACUGUGGAUCUGGAUUUAGGAAAAUUGCCCAGGAGGGACAGCCUGUCUGCUGCUUUGACUGUGCCCAGUGCCCAGAGGGAGAGAUUUCUGAUCAGAGGGAUGUGGACAAUUGUGUGAAGUGCCCAGAAGAUCAAUAUCCAAACAGGGACAAAGACCAGUGUCUCCCAAAGGUGGUGACCUUCCUCAAAGUCAAAGAACCUUUGGGACUGACUUUGACCUGCACGGCUCUCUUCUUCUCUCUCCUCACAGUUGUGAUCCUGAUUAUCUUUGUGAAGCAUCAAGAUACUCCCAUUGUCAAGGCCAACAACCGGGUUCUCAGCUACAUACUUCUCAUCUCUCUAAUCUUUUGCUUCCUCUGUUCUUUGCUUUUCAUUGGCCGUCCUACCACAGCAACCUGUCUUCUUCAGCAAACAAUAUUUGGAGUCAUGUUCACAGUGGCAAUUUCUUCUAUUUUGGCCAAAACCAUGAUGGUGGUUCUGGCCUUCAAGGCCACAAAACCAGGCAGCAGGAUGAGAAUGUGGGUGCAGCCUAAGGUGUCCAAUUCUCUAGUCUUCCUUUGCUCUGUGAACCAAGUGAUUCUCUAUGGGAUCUGGCUUGGGACCUCACCUCCCUUCUUAGGUACAGAUACCCAAUCUGAACCUGGCCACAUCAUCAUUGAGUGUAAGGAGGGCUCUGUCAUUGCCUUCUACUGUGUCUUGAGCUAUAUGGGUGUCCUGGCCCUGGGCAGCUUCACAGUAGCUUUCCUGGUCAGGAAUUUUCCUGACACCUUCAAUGAAGCAAAACUCAUCACCUUUAGCAUGCUGGUCUUCUGCAGUGUGUGGGUCUCUUUCCUCCCCUCAUAUCAGAGUUCCAAGGGGAAGGCCAAGGUGGCUGUGGAGAUUUUUGCCAUCUUGGCCUCCAGUGCUGGGUUACUGGUCUGCAUCUUUUUUCCCAAGUGCUAUGUGAUCCUCCUAAGGCCAGAAAGGAACACUUUGGAAUGGUUAAGGAAUAAAUCAGAUUCAAGAGGGAGGAACUUGGCCACCAAGGCUCUUCCAGGGACAUGA